AUGGUGGUUUCGGAGCUCUUGCGGCGAGAAUUUCAAGUCAUUGCUCUGUGGACCAAAGAGGUUGGAGAGAAUCGAGGACAUUUUCCAGCAGCCGCUGAAGGCGUUCCAGAGAGAUUCUUUGCAGAAUUGGAUCAGCAGAACAGUUUACCUGAGACAGCUCAAAUCAUCAAAGAGGCGGCAGAUGACAAGGAGCUGGUGGCUGUGAUGUGCGGUGGUGAAACAGGCGUCAAGGUCGCGGAUGCACUAGCAGAGUUUAUGGGACUCCGAGGCAACAGCACUGCCGAUGGCAUGGACAAUCGACGGGACAAGCGCGUUCAGCAAAACGCUGUGAAGAAGGCUGGUUUGAGAUCUGUGAGAUCCGCCUGUGGCACCACCUGGAGCGAUGUGGCCCACUUUGCCGAACAGGAAAAGUACCCUCUCAUUGUCAAGCCUGUGGAGUCAGCCGGGUCUGAUGGGGUGAAGAAGUGCAACACCAAGGAAGAAGCACAGCAACAUUUCGAGUUGCUGAUGAACUCGCAGAGGAAAUGCGGGGCACAGGGUGCUGCUGUGCUGCUGCAAGAAUUCCUGAAGGGGACUGAGUACAUCGUUGACGCGGUGACCUGCGAUGGGGUCCACAAGAUCACUAUGGUUUGGGUCUAUGACCGGCGAGCCGCCAAUGAAGGGGAUUUCGUGAACUUUGGCCAGAAGUGCGUUCUCGCAGAUCUGGAUGUGGCACAACAACUCAUCAAAUAUUCCAAGGCUUGCUUGGAUGCCUUGCGCAUCACCAAUGGCGCUAGUCACACGGAAGUGAUGCUCACGGAGGAUGGGCCAUGCCUCGUCGAGGUGAACAGCCGUUGCCACGGGUUGUCGGGGGCCUGGAUGCCCUUGGUGCAAGCCCUGACAGGCUACAACCAGGUGGGCGUUUGCGUGGACGCUUUCGUGGAUCGCGGCGCCUUCGAAAAAUUGCCAGAGCUGCCACCGUCACCUUUCCUGGCAGAGGGGGAGAUAGUAAACCUGAUCUCAUACCAUGAAGGCAUUGUGGAGGCCACACCUGGCUUUCAGAGAGUUCGACAGCUCCCAUCACUGGUCUAUUUGGAAGAGACUGUGCACAUUGGAGAUCACCUUUGCAAGACCACCGAUCUUUUCACGGUCACCGGCAUGGCGGUUCUGAUCCACGGAGAUCCGAAAUGUCUGGCAGCAGACGUGGCUCAAAUCCGACAGAUGGAGAUGGAUGGUGAGCUUUUCCAUUUGAAGACACCACUCUUGACGCGCUUUGCAUUGCGACUCCGCCGCAACCUCCUGAAUGCUACUCCCUGCUUUUGCUUGCCGCGCUUGCCACUGCAAGCGUUGCUGAGUGGGGAGCCACCAAAGCUUGGAUAG